AUGGAGUUUAUUUAUGCACUGCUGGUGUUAGUACUGGCAGUUUUCGUUGCUGCUUUCAUAUUGUUAGUCGUGGGGACAAUUUAUUUUGAUCUCUCCAACUCAGAAAUCCCUCUUGGAGUGGACCAGCCUGUAAAGCUCCGAAUCGUUCAUAGUAUUUUGAUUGGCACAGCGGUUCUGGGGAAGAUUUUGGAGAAGCUGGGUCUGUGCAGUCAACUUGGCUUCACCCGCUAUAUGCGACGGGGAAAGAAAUUAGGGGAGGACCCAAAGCUCUUCAUCAAGGACCUGCAGUUUGGGAAGGUGCCAGUGAGGAUUUACCAGCCUAGAGCGCCUUCUGCUGGCCGGAGGAGAGGGGUCAUCUACUUUCAUGGAGGAGGCUGGAUGUUUGGAAGCAUUGAUUCCUAUGAACCCGUAUGCCGCUACAUCGCCAGAGAAAGUGAAUCGGUGGUCGUGUCUGUUGAGUAUCGUCUGGCGCCAGAGCACACGUACCCAGCACAGUACGAGGACUGUCUCACUGCUACCACACACUUUAUGAAGACUGCAGAAGACUAUGGAGUGGAUCCUGCCUGUAUUAUCAUUAGUGGGGACAGUGCUGGGGGCAAUCUUGCUGCUGCUGUUUGCCAAACACUAGUGAGUAGACCAGACCUUCCAAAGGUGCAUGCUCAGGUCUUGAUCUAUCCAGCCCUCCAGGCAAUAGACUUUAAUUUGCCCUCAUAUCAGCAAAACUGUGCAGUCCCCAUCUUGUUCAGGGAACGUUCAGCUUUUUAUGUUCUGCAGUACCUCAAGGGGGAUGCGUCAUUUUUGGAAGAUGUCCUGGAGGGUUCCCAUAUGCCUGUAGAUGUAAAAUUGAAGUUUAGAAAAUGGCUAAGUGCAGACAAUAUCCCUAAGGAAUUUAAGGUCAGAGGGUACAAACCAAAGGUGCCCAUCGAAUGCUCAAAUGAAGUUUAUGAGGCAGUUAGAAAUUUUUGUGAGCCAGCCUUUUCCCCACUUCUCGCUGAAGAUGCUGUUGUUCACCAGCUCCCUGAGUCGUUCAUCUUGACCUGUGAGCAUGACGUGCUAAGGGAUGAUGCCCUGUUAUACAAGAAGCGAUUAGAGGACGGCAGUGUGCCAGUGACCUGGUACCACAUUGAGAAUGGAUUCCAUGGAAUCAUAAGCCUGUUUGAUAAUGGCAGGUUGUCAUUUCCUGCUGGAAAAAAGGGACUGGACAACAUUGUAAACUUUCUCAGAAGCUUAUAA